AUUCUACAUAGGUUACAUGUUGGUUCCAGAAGGUUCUCACCUACCAAUAUGGAAAACAGAUGGUGUUAUUAUUACAACUCUGUUGCAUGCUGGACCUGUUGAGUUUCUUUAUUAUUGGUUGCAUAGGGCACUCCAUCACCAUUUUCUCUAUUCCAGAUACCAUUCUCAUCACCAUUCCUCCAUUGUCACAGAACCCAUCACUUCUGUGAUCCAUCCAUUUGCAGAACACAUAGCAUAUUUUGUGUUAUUUGCAAUUCCACUUUACACAACAGUGAUUACAAGGACAGCUUCCAUUGCAUCCUUCGCUGGCUAUUUGGCCUACAUUGACUUUAUGAACAAUAUGGGUCAUUGCAACUUUGAGUUCAUUCCAACCACCCUUUUCUCCUUCUUUCCCUUCCUCAAAUUUCUCAUCUAUACUCCCUCGUUCCACUCAUUGCACCACACACAAUUCAGAACUAAUUACUCACUUUUCAUGCCAAUUUAUGAUUACGUGUAUGGAACAAUGGACAAGAGUUCAGACAAAACAUAUGAAAUGUCACUGAAGAGAGAAGAAGGUUCAGUAGAUGUGGUGCACCUAACACACCUUACAACCCCAGAAUCAAUAUAUUAUCUUAGGUUGGGGUUUUCUUCAUUAGCAUCCACACCACAAUCUUCAAAAUGGUACCUCUAUUUGCUGUGGCCACUCACACUUUGGACUUCUUUCAUGACUUGGUUUUAUGGCAAAACAUUUGUUUUGGAGAGGAACAAUUUCAAAAUGCUCAAUUUGCAAUCUUGGGUUAUACCAAGAUUCCAUGUUCAAUAUUUCUUCAAAUGGCAAAGAGAAGCAUUAAACAAACUGAUAGAGGAAGCAAUACUUGAGGCAGAGUUGAGAGGGGAGAUAAGCUUAAUAAACUUGGUGAGGUUUACAUAAAGAGCUAUCCGCAGCUUAAGAUAAAGAUUGUUGAUGGAAGUAGCUUAGUUGUGGCUAUUGUUCUUAAUAACAUUCCCAAAGAAACAACUCAAGUCCUUCUUUCUGGUAAACUUACCAAGAUCUCAUAUGCUAUUGUCAAUGCUUUAUGUGAAAGGGGUACCAAGGUUACAACAAUGUACAAGGAUGAUUAUGAUAAUCUUCAGUCAAAGCUCUGCUCUGAGUCCAAAAAGAAUUUGGUUUUCCCAGGAUCCUACACUGCAGAGAUAUGGUUAGUAGGAGAUCAAAUUAACGAGGCUGAACAGAAGAAGGCACCAAAAGGAACAUUGUUCAUACCUUUUACACAAUUUCCUCCAAAGAAACUUCGCAAAGAUUGUUUCUAUCAUACCACACCAUCCAUGCUAGCUCCCUCUUCUUUAGUUAACGUACAUUCCUGUGAGAAUUGGCUGCCAAGAAGGGUGAUGAGUGCAUGGCGUAUUGCAGGGAUAUUGCAUGCUUUAGAAGAAUGGAAUGUUAAUGAGUGUGGAGAUGCUAUGUUUAGCAUUGAGAAAAUAUGGCAAGCAAGUAUUCAUCAUGGGUUUAGGCCAUUGAAAAUAAAUCCUCUUAUUAAAGCUUAAAUAAUUAAUAAUUAGUAUUUUUUAUGUGACUAUAUUAAAUAUUAUUUCAGUUAUUAAGUUUAUUUGUU